GUCCUCCACCCCUCGAGGAAACCGAGCGACAUCCACCAGACUCGCCGGACUCCUGGAGCUCCUCUGUCGCCGUCUUCAGCCCCGCACCGUCCGCCGUGGCCGCCGCACCGAGCUCCGGCCAGCCCCGGUGAUCUCCGCCGCGGACUCCCUCCUCUAUCCGGACCGCGGGAGCGAUGCGACGCCUGGGAGGAGGAGGAGGAGACGAACCGCAGCAGACACCUGAGAGCAGCAUCUGAGUUAGUUUCUGCAGCGUCAAAGAAGAGGUUUAUUGCAGUCAUCACUAUGACUGAAGGGGAUUAUGACUACCUGAUAAAGCUCCUGGCCCUGGGGGACUCCGGCGUGGGGAAGACCACUUUCCUCUACCGGUACACAGACAACAAGUUCAACCCCAAGUUCAUCACCACAGUCGGCAUCGACUUCAGGGAAAAGAGAGUGGUCUACACAGCGACUAACCCCAAUGGGACGGCCACAGGGAAAACCUUCAAGGUCCACCUUCAGCUCUGGGACACAGCUGGACAGGAGAGGUUCCGCAGCCUGACGACGGCGUUCUUCAGGGACGCCAUGGGCUUCCUCCUGAUGUUCGAUCUCACCAGCCAGCAGAGCUUUCUCAACGUCAGAAACUGGAUGAGUCAGCUACAGGCCAACGCCUACUGUGAGAACCCAGACAUCGUUCUGGUCGGGAACAAGGCGGAUUUGGCCGACCAGCGGGAGGUUCAGGAGAAACAGGCCAAGGAGCUGGCCGACAAAUACGGGAUCCCGUACUUCGAGACCAGUGCGGCGACGGGGGCCGAGGUGGACAAGGCAGUGAUAACGCUGCUGGACCUGGUCAUGAAGAGGAUGGAGCAGUGCGUCGACAAACCUCCGGCCGAUCCGGCCAACGGGAACGGAGCCACAAAGCUCGGAGAUGCACAACCCAACGAGAAGAAGUGUGCAUGUUAGAUGAAGACAGCAAAUCAGGACAACCACCAGUCAGCGCUCCUCCUCUGUCUUCUGUCACACUCUCUCCUUCUUUUUAUUUUUUUGAUAGCAUGUUUCUUCACCUUCACUUUCUUCUCUUUGAAACUAACUUCGAACCGCCGUCUCCUCCCUCUUUUGGCUCUUUUUGCUUCCCUUUAUUCUACUUUCUCCUUCCCAAAACUGUCACUGAAACAGCUCUACCGCCCUCUAAUGGACAUUCGCGGUGAUGCAGCCUCAGCUCUGUCUGCCUUUAGGAGGAAAUGAAACCAGGAGGGGACACUUUCAUCACUGUCACACACUUUUAAUGUGCCUCGUUGAAAACAUGCAGCCUGGGAAUUGAACUCGGCAUGCUGCCAGUUUCUGUGCUCGCAAGUGCUUUGAAUGAUUUAAACUGACCUAAACGCUCAAAAAGACACGUUUAAAAGUUUAAUUUGGAGGUAAAUAUUCAAGUUUGUGUUAAAUCUGGACCAUGAAGUGUUUAAUUUCAGGCUGUGUGUCUGUAAAUUCAGUCACGGUCCUCUCCUGAAGCUUUUCCUCCUGGACUAAGGUGAGUAAUUGUGUGACCGAUGUAUUUUUAUUUUUUCUCUUUUUCACACUGCGUUCUAUGCUGUACCUGUACUGGUCACGUAUGGUGAUAUUUCGGUAUUUAGCUGUCAUUUGUUUGUUAAAAAUGCACUAAACAGCGCGGGUUUGGUUGAGAUUGAUCAAUGAUUGGUUUCUUUUGUCUGCUUGUUAGCUUUUCUUGCUAACUUUAGCAUAUAUCGAUCCACGAUGAGCCGUGCGAAUAGAUAUUAGGCCAAUAUUUAACUUUCUAUUAGUGCUAAAUAAUAAUAUAAAACACUACCUAAGACACAAUGAACAGGAGGUUUGUAGUUCAUUCUGCUAAUGGCUGCUCGCUCUUCAUGCAGUUAUCGGAAUAGUUCCCAUCGCUAGCUUCCUGUUUUGAUUGAUUUGCAGGUUUUGCAGCUAGCUAGAAACUGACUAGCUAGUGUAGAAGUGUCUGCAGUUGUACUCAGUGGCUACUAGCAGGCUGCUAAUUUAACUUUUAAAAGUGGCACAAUGUUUUUGAGUGCACACAGUGUUUCAACUACUUUUGAUAGUCACAAUGUGAAGAACUAUAGAGAAACUUACCACAAAACGUUUGUUUUUUGUAGAUCUUUUCACCAUACCAGUGGUACCUUGGAAUUGUCCGCUCUUUAUGCUCAAGAUUAUUGCGGCUUUUUGUGCCAAGUACUUGAAAUUUUUGCUGAAGUUAAGAUAAUAUGUACAAUUUUUCAUAGCAAACAACAGGAUGUGAUAAGUUAAGCUAACGUAACCUACUCUACUAUGCAUUUCUUUGUGUGUAAAUAGAGAAUUACCAUGCAAUUAAUUAGAAAAAGCAUUAUUUGGUUACUUUAUGCUCUUAUAUUCCAUCUGAAACACUGGAUACUUUGCUAUUGUAGGUGACUUUCCACUGCCAGAGCGAGGUGGAACUAUUCUUGUAAUCGGACAUUUUACUUUAUUUUUGUCUAUGGCCUCAACUCCGAAGUUGCCAAAACUACAAAAAACUGAAGUUUCUGGGUUUAACUCACUCCAGUUCUAUGUGCAUGUAGGAAAUAGAGCAAAGGAGAAUCUGGUAUUUUAGUCUGGUGAAUUUUAUGUUAAUCACCGUCAAGAAGUACUUAUUCUGCAUAUACACUUUUUUCUCCUGCAAAAACAACCCUUAAAGAGGUUCUACAGGAGUGGUUCCUGAGGUGAGAACAUGCAAAUAGGUUUGGGCUGCCACAAAACCGGCCAAUUGUAAGUAUUAUUUUCCACCUCUACUUUAAAACUACUCCAGUUAGCUUUAGCUAGCAAUGUUGCACCUCCAUGAUGGAUCCAGACUUGUUUGAUCGCAGCUUUGCAGAUAAAAUCUUUAUUGUCAGACCAGUAUGGGUACAGCAGGACACAUGCGCACUGGAGAAAAAAAAAAAGCCAACACUGUAUAUCAUUAAUGGUGUGUUUACCAGGAUAGAUGUAUUGUUUCCAAACUGAUCUACUGCCUUGGCUUUUAAAGCGUUAUUCCACUUUGGUGGGACUAAUUUCAGUGUUUGUUAGAGUUUGAGACAAGUCAGCUAAAAAAUAUUAGAUGUUCUGGAGAUGCUCUGUCGCCGUUUACCUGAAAACAAAUUGUAAUUCACAGCUUUAAAGAUAAUGCCUGUUUUACAGAGAAAUAUCCUUUAUAUCAUGAAAAUAAUAAAAAAUAGUAGACGUAAAGUCGGUCAGGUGACGUUCGCUCUUCGGUUCAGCUGAUUUUUAGAUUCUGACUUCUCUCAUUUCAACAGAUAAUCUCACAAAGUGGAAUAUGGCUUUAAGGCCCCAUAAUGUAUAUGACCAAUGUUGUUAGAAUAUAGAGUGACCAAUUAUUUAUAUUAAAAGAAUUGUAAAACAUAUUUUCAUUUUUGUCAUGUUUUCGUUCUGUUCUUUACAUGCUACAGUCCCAUUCCAUUUUAUGUUAAUCAUAAUGUCCGUCGAAAAACUGCAUUUGUAUUUGUCAUUUACGUUUCUUUGCUUUAUUGAGCUCAGCUGUUUUAAUUUACCCAAAAUUGACAAUUUUUUGACAAAUGUCUCUAAUAAGGUAUUACAAUUCUUUAAAAAAAAGUACAGUAGUAGACCUUAUUAUUAAUUUACUACAUGGAUGAACUUAUUCUUAUGACUUGAGGCUGAACAUCAUUAACGAAUACUUAAAACUUCCAUUUUUUUCCCCCAUCAAUGUACAUUCUGUAGACAAAAACAUGGAAGUGUUGUGGUUUUUUUGGGAUUUUAUUUACAAUCUGACACUAUAAAAGCAUUGAGACCCUUAUUUCAUCACUUCCUCGAUGCCCCAUUGGCAGUAUGUUUUUCUGGACAAGUCUUUACAGACUUUGCACACCAGGAUUUGUAGAGUUUGUCCCAUUUUCCCUCAAAGAUCCUCUAAAGAUGCAUCAACUCGGGUUGGAUCUUUAGGUGUUUCUGCAGAUGUUCUGUAGGGUUUAAGUCUGGGCUUUGAAUGGGCCACUCAAGGCCGGUCACAGCUAUCUUCAUGCGCCCUUCAGUAACCCUGCCCUUGUUGCUGUGAAUAACCUCUCUAGCAUGAUGCUGCCACCACCAUGCUUCACUGUACAGAUGGCAUUAUCCACUUACACCCUUCUUGCUCCCUCAGUGACCAGUAUCUCUGCCCUUGCUGCUGUGAAACACUGCCUUGGCAUGAUGCUGCUGCCACCAUGCUUCACUGUAUGAAUGGUGUUACCACCGUUACACUGACAAGAUGCUCCUGAUACAUGCCUUACCAUAGGAUCUGGAUUUAAAGGCCGCUUUUUUAUCCUGUAGUAUUAAUUCCACUACCUUAAAAUAUACUAUACGUGGCUCUUUCAACACUAUAUCCAAGCCAUUAGAUGUUCCAUUGGUGGGAUGUAAUCAAAUUGUAGAUCUCAAGGAUUGUUAAGAAUUAUAAUAAAUUAUUCCCAUGCCAUGUUAAGAGUACAGCUGUAUGACAUUCCUGCGACUCAGUCGUUUUCCAACAGGAAACAAUGUUAACAGUAGUGUGGCUCAUGAAUGGCGUAAACCUGCUUGCUGGUUUCAAAAUUUUUGUAUUUUGGUCCUUUAAAAUAGCAUCACAGAGCCAAUUGUGCCAAAUAAAUGGUUCUUGUUUUGGGAAAAACCCAAACUUCACCCUACUCAACGAAUAAAUUAAAAAAUAUAUAUAUUUAUGAGCUCUUUUUUUUUAUUUGAAAUCAAACCAGAGUCACUCGCCAACAGCUGAUCUCAGUGCCAAAUUAACCAAUUUCCAGGCCGCGGUUUGAUUUCGGCCAGUCAUUUCAUUUCUCUGUAGCAAAAUUUCCCGAAAAUCCUGGAUCUUUAUGGGUUGAUUGAACUAUUUUCAGCUGACCAUCUAUAGAUUUUAUGUUUAAUUCUGCUUGUAAGUUAUGUUUUGGUAAAAAUACAGGUCAUAUUCUGUAUUUCUAAACAGCUACCGAAGCAGCUAAGUGACGUUCUCAUAAUGUGGAUGUUUAUUCAUUCAUGAAGAAAAUAAUAUUUCUGUCCAGCAGCGUCUUUAAAGUCUUUGUAAUUCAGUGUUUGGCCACUAGGGGGCUUAGCUGAAAACACAGCAGUGACGUAUUUUCACCUUAUGAAGCGGUUAUUUCGCAUUAGAAGCUGCCUAGUUAUGUGUCUGGCAGACGCGUUGUCGUAGCAUUUGGCUUUAAUCCAAAUGUUCCAUCUCCUUUUCAGUUUCAUGGAAGCGCUGAGACCACAAAACCAAAACUACGGGCUAAAAGAGGCUUUAAAAAGCUCCUUAUCAUGCUGCAAAACUCUCUGUGGCUUCGCUAUGUCAGGUUUUGUUGCUAAAAGUAUACUGAUUACUGCGGCUUCAAAAUGUCAUGUAUGUCCACAAAGUUUGUACAAACGUGUUGAUUUUAUCCAAGCAGCUAAUCAAGGGUUUCAGUUUUUGAAAAGUUCCCCUGUUUUUGGUUCAGAGUUUGGUGAAACUAACCUUUGAUGAAGAUGACUUACAGCUAAUUAUGUUGCAAAAUAUCUCCAGUAGUUUAAAUAAAUUUACUUUGCAAAGACUAAAUUUAUAACUUGGAUCAAUGUGAGACAAUCUUCAGAGACAGUUUGUCGGCUUUUCUUCUUGUGUUGCUCAUUAUCUUUUCACACGUUCGUCUUCAGUUGGUUUUUUUAUGUGUUUUUGUUUGAACACCUCCAUAAUUCAUCUGAAGUGUAGUUUUUUGGAUUCACUUUGAAAGUUUACACAGUUUGCAGAGUCAUGUUGUGCCUGUUCUAAUAACUCUUCUGUCUGAUCUUCUGUAAAGUUUGUGAGCUACUGAAUAUUUUAAUGCAUUAUCAAUUAUAGAUUUCAAAGCAGAGGCAAAAGAGAAACAGAAGUCCUGAUGUUUUUACUUUUUUCUUCCUUUUUUUUGUGCCCGAUGUAUCAAAACAAACGAAUCAAUCCGAGUUACCUCUAAGAGCUUUUAUUUUUGGAAAUCCUCUGUGUGUGAACUCUCUCUGAUGCCUGCGGUUCUAAUCGUUUGUUCAGUUUUUCCACUGUGUGUUUCGAUGCCUGUGUGUGUUUGUUGCACCGUUAGCAUGUUUGACACCUUGAGAAUGGAAUGACCUGCGAUGCGUUUCAGUGUUUCUGAUGCCAGAGCUGCAAAUAAAUCUCUGUUGGUUUUG